GGGCUGUAUUGACGACCUUUGCCACCUGGAAGGUGAACCCACGUGUUGGCUGUUUUAAUAGCACAAUGGCUUGUUUUCAGAGGUUCACUCCACUGUGCAUAUGGGGGUCAAGAUCGUACUCGAAAUGGAUAGCCUCACCACCAAAGAUACUUCCUCCUUCACUCUCAAGAUGUGCUGCUGUUGUACACAAUCACCUUUACAGUUCUCAGGCAGACAUAUCUUUUGAAGAUUACCGCAAACUUCGAAAAACUCUAAAAUCCCGGUCGAGAGUUGCUGGUAUCCCAUUAGCAUUUAUCAGCAUGGGUGUUUCGUCUCUAAUUAAUGUACAGAUGAAUCCUGGUAUGUUUGAAAUGACACCCGAGGAAGUCCAGCCAAUAUUGGGCCUUGAUCCCAUUGUGUUUGCCGGUCUGUGUGGAGCAGCCAGUGCGAUAGUAGGGUAUAUGCUUGGAGGAACCAUAUUUAAUGCUACCUGGAGAAUUUUGUCCAGAGAGAAAGCAAGGCAAUUCGAUCAAAAAGAGACAGAGUUCUUGAAGCGUCUUCAGAAGCACCGGUACUCAGAGGUGUCGAAGUAUGAGGAUGACUAUUACGGGGAAAAAGUGCUUUCUCUGAGUGACUACAGACAGUGGGUGCGACAGCAACAGAAACGAAAAAAGGACAUGGCGAAGUUCAAACAAAAUGAAACAGUCAGUACAUAAACCAAUAUUUUUUGUGUUAGAGUUAAUCACAAACAGUGCUUAUAUAUACUCUUGUGUACAGUUUUCAUGUUGCUUCUUUGUGUUAUGGAAUGGGUCUCAUCUCUCCUG